CCAAAAUGGCGAACUCAUAUCUCUUCUUUGUUUUGUGGUUUUCAUUCAUAAUUACGAAGGGUACUAAUCACAAAGACGAUUGCAAAGGACAAAUUGGACAAUACAUAACAUGUUAUCAGAUGGUUAAAAUAAACAUAACGAAUAUCAAACCAGAUUCAAAUUCCAGAAGAAAGAGAGACGCAAACCCGAAAUCAGACUGGAGCAGGCGCAAAACUGGAUCAGUCACACAUUUAAAAUUCUACGCAUUCUCUAAAUCAUUUUCUGCCUCCUUGUACCCGUAUUCUAAAGUUGUUUCUCCAAAAGCAGAGAUGAGAAUUUACAGAGAGGAGGAUGUUUUUGUUGAAACGCCUUAUUGUGAUAAACUAUUUGAAGGACAUCUUGAUGAUGAUCCCAAGUCUUUCAUCAAUGGCAUUGUUGAUGAAACAUUUGAUGGUGUCAUCCAUGCUGGAAAUGAGAGCUUUUACAUCGAACCUGCUAAACGAUUUCUUAUGGGCGAGAAGAAUUUCACCGAUGGAGAAGUUGUCGUUUAUCGAGAGAGUGACGUUAUUCACCCCUUUUCGAAUGAGUCAAGACGUGACUUUGAAUUUGCCCGAAGAACAAAAGUUGACAAUGACUAUGCUUUACUGAUGAAAGCACAAUAUAAACCAGGGUCCACUGAAAGAAAGCCCAGACGUAAAAGAUUUGUUGGAAAUGGAACGGAAUCGCCCUUGUCUUGUGAAGUCCAUAUUUUGGCUGACCACAUGUUUUACCGACACGUAGGAGGCGGUAAUGUAGCGAACACAAUCGCAGAGAUGAUCUGGCACAUCACAGAAGCAGACAUCAUUUUCAGAGCAACUGAUUUCAACGGCAAUGGCGUUGGAGACAAUGUCGGAUUCACCAUCACUGGGAUUUCCGUGUACACAGAUCGUUUGACCACAGGGUAUAAGCUCAAAGACGAAUCAAUGAGUGUUGUUUCUUACCUGAAUUCAUUCUCAGAGUACAACUUUGACGCAUAUUGUCUCGGAACGGCAUUCACUUACCGUGACUUUGAUGACGGUGUGUUAGGUUUAGCUUUCAUCGCAAGCUCUAGCGGUUACGGGUCACCGGGUGGAAUCUGCCAAAGUAGAAUAUUCUACCCACCACGCAGUAGAGAAUAUAAUUUCAACACGGGGCUUGUGUCCUUUAUAAACCAUGGUUCAAGAGUCCCUCGUGGCGUCAGUACUACUACAAUUACUCAUGAGUUUGGACAUAACUUUGGAUCCCCUCACGAUGAUGAAGACAACAGUGCAUGUGCGCCAAAUAAUGAAAAGGGGAACUUCCUCAUGUAUCCGUAUGCUACAGAUGGAACAAAACCAAACAACGAUAAAUUUUCACAAUGCAGUAAGGACAGAAUUUCGCCAGCUAUUGCAAACAAGGGUGACUGUCUCUCAAUUAUUAUCGGUCCAUUCUGUGGCAAUGGCAUAGUAGAAGAAGGGGAGGAAUGCGACUGUGGCAUUCUCUCCCAAUGUGGUAUAAAUGAUCCCUGUUGCACACCACCCGGGGGCGAUGGUUCAGACCCAGAAUGCACGUACAGAAGAUCUUUAGGCUAUGCGUGUAGUCCAAAAUCCGAUUCCUGUUGCACUCAGUCUUGUCAAGUAGUUCCGCCAACAGUAUGGGCAAUUUGUUCACCAGCCACUGAGUGCAAAUAUCCCUCCGUGUGCGACGGAAUUGACGGGGCGUGUCCCGCCGCUAACCACCUCCCAGAUACAACAAUGUGUGACCAUGGUGCUAAAAUGUGUGACAAUGGUUACUGCUCGGGGAGUAUAUGUCAUCUUUAUGGGCUCGAAGCGUGUCAGUGUGAUGAGAAACAAAACUUCUGCAAAGUUUGCUGUCGGGAGGAUACCACAGACAGUACAUGUUAUUCCUCCGAGCAUUUCAACAUCACCCGACCUAACGGUGACUCCAUUCCCAAGCGUUCAGGCCCGUGUAAUAACUACCGCGGUUUUUGUACCCUUGAUGCUGAAUGUAUCAUGGCUGAUACAGGGGCCAUAGACAGAUUAAAUGCCAUGUUUUCAAAAGGCUUUCAGGGUAUAUCGGAUUGGUUUAAAAACUAUUUCCUUUAUGUCAUUAUCGGUAUCAUAGCACUUAUUUUCCUCGUCAUCAUUUUCAAGUCGUGUCGAAGAAAAAAAGACUCCGUCGAUGCACUCGCAUACAAGUCUGGUAAACUUGCAGGACUUUGGGCACAAGCAAAAGAUGAGCGUGAUAAGAUCCAAAAAAAGAUUAACGAGAUAGAGCGACGGUUUGAAAACCAAACCUCUGAGAUUAGGCGAGGGACUAUGGACGUGGUGACAGGCGUUUCUAGACUAUGUGUAUUGUUCCCAACCGUACACAGGUCAACUAUACUGAAGGUGGCACGGUCGAGUGGUUCGGAGGAGUUUGCCGUUAAACAGUUACUGAUACGGGGAUUCCCAAUGAUAAGGAUAAUCAAACAUAGAGGAACGGAAGGAUCAAAUCCUAAAAACUGAACAGUUAAUAACUGGAAGUUUUUAUUUAUUAAAAAGAUGUCGCUUGUAAAUUUACAUGUAUGUCGUAUAAUGAAAAUGUUCGCCGAAUGACUUAGGGAAUAUGUUCAUGGGGCGCAAGAAAACUCAUGAUCAGAAAGAUGUCACUAAAAUAAGUAAUACAGUUUACAUGACAUAUACUUGUCAAAGAAAUUUUCGAACUGAAAUCACACCAACAAAUAUAUCAACUUUUAUUAAUCUAACUUCAGUUGAAGGCCUGCAUGUAAGUUAUAAAUGAAAUAUUGAAGUAAUGAUGAAGGCCUAUACAUGUAUGUAUGUAAGUGAUAUAA